AUGUACCCCUCUCCUGAAGUUGCACAACUUAGUGAGAAGGAUGACGAUUCCUCCAGUUCUGAGAAGGACAUGGCUGCUGAAGGUUUGUGCUUUCUAGGGCAUACCGUGUCUGGUAAAGGAAAAUCGGUGGCAUCUAAAACUACCAAUGCUUCCCAUUCUGAGAAGCAUGAUGUUACAAAUGAUGUGAUUGACCUAGAGGAUGAUAGGAGCAAGGUUGCAGUGAAGAAGAGGAAGAUUAGAGAAGUUUCUGAGUCUGAAGAGGAUGUUGAGGAAGAUGUCCCUGACAUCUCUCCUAUGAAGAAAACCACUGUGAGGAAGUCUCUUGGUAAACUUGUUGCUGUGCAUUUGGAUAAUAUUUCUUACCAUCUUGAGGAUGGGGCCGCCAAAUGGAAAUUUGUGAUUCAAAGAAGGGUGGUUGUGGAAAGGGAGUUAGGAAAGGAUGAUGUUGAAGUCAAGGAGGUCAUGGACCUGAUAAAGACUGUUGGGUUGAUGAAGACUGUGGCUGGGUUCUCUCAAUGCUAUGAAGGUUUAGUUAAGGAAUUCAUUGUCAACAUUCCUGAGGAUAUUGCUGAUAAGAACAACAAGGAAUUUUGCAAAGUGUUUGUGAGAGCUAAGUGCAUCACUUUCUCUCCCACUAUUAUUAACAAUUUUCUGGGCAGAAAAGUUAAGGGUGCAGGUGAAUUGGAAGCUACCGACAAUGAGGUAUGUAGAGAAAUUACACCUAGGCAGGUGAAAGGGUGGCAUAUUAAGACGCAUCUUCCUGCUGGGAAGUUAAUUGUCAAGUAUGCUAUAUUGCAUAAAAUAGGAGCUGCAAAUUGGGUGCCUACCAACUACAUUUCCACAAUUUCUAAUACCCUUAGAAGAUUUAUUUUUUCUAUUGGAACCAAACUGAAUUUUGACUAUGUGUAA